CCUGAAAAAAAAAAUAAUAAACUCAUUUAAAAAUAGUGUUUUUCGAAAAGUUUCCUUUCGCUAGUGCAAAAAAAAAAAUAAUAAUAAUAAUAAUAAUAAUAAUAAUAAUAAUAAUAGUGAAAACAAAAAAGAAAUGAAGAAAAGAAAGAGUUCCGAGGAAGCAACACAACGUAUCUCCAAAUAUCAGAAGAAAGAUUUUGUUUUGGAGUAUGUGGAAUCAACAGAAGAUGAUCGAACAUUGCAAAAUGAAAGAGAAACAAUUUUGGUGGAUGCUGCAACAUUGGCUGAUGAAAAUAAUGUUGAGAUUGUAAAAAACAAAAAUUAUAAUGUUCUUCGGGAACUUGAUCAACAUCAACAGCAAAUUGGUUAUUCAAGUGCUGCUGAAGAAGGUGGAGACGGCGUGGGCGUGUUGGAGGCGGGUCAACCGGAAACAGAAAAUGGCGGUUUAGUUGAGGCAACUGUUGUUGAAUCGGUGGCAGCACCGGUUGUUGCAUCAGUUACCGAUCUUGAGGACAAUACAAAUCUUACAUCGUAUACCCUCAUCAGACAAUUGGGCUAUCAUCCAACUCAACACAUCAUUCAUGAGAGGACAUUUUUAACACAAAAUGACAAUUCAUCGAGUUAUCAUCAUCAUCAACAUCAUCUAGGGGAUAAUUUAAGGGAGGAGCAACAGCAACAGGUCUCUCAUCCCCACCAACAGCAAUCCUCGCAUCACGAAGAGCAUGAGCACAUCGGACAAGAGCAACAACAGCAGCAGCAGUACGUGCAACUUGGGGCGGGAGAAAUUCCGGUUAUUCCUGCGGGAGGGGAUAGCCGCUUAAACCCGACGGAGGUCUCCGUCCCGUCGGAAGGGAAUCGCCUUGCCAGUCACAUGCCUCAUUCCAACACGAUGCAUCGAUACGGUAUCGAGACGCUCUCACCGGCGACUGAGCAUCAUCAUCACCAUCAUCAUCAUCAUCUAACUAAUCUUGCCAUUAAUUUACGACAAAUUGAAGAUCAUAAUAAUCAUCAUCAUCAUCAUCAACAACAACAACAGGAUCCCGACAAUGAUGAUGAUGAAAGAGUUAAUAUCGCAAUGCGUACUCCAAUUAGAGGUGAUUAUUCAUUAGGUAAUAUAUUUCCUAAUAUAACAACUGCCGGUACAACGACAGAAACUGGAAACAAUAAUAGUGGUGAUGAACAUCAACAACAUCAUCAUUCACAUCUUGACGAUGUUGUUCUUCAUGAUGAUCCAUAUCUUCAACAUCAAAUUCGUGGAUCAUCAAAUACAGUAACUGGAACGACAACAAGUGCAGGUGGUGUGUCACCACAAGUUACUAAUACUGUUCGUGCAUCGGGCAGUUCACCAGGAUCAAGUAGAAGUCCUCAUGAUGAUCAGGGAUUGUCGCCAUCGCAUCGUCACGUGCAACAACAACAACAACAGGAUGACGGCUACAGUCCCAAUGAUCAAGGUCGUCUUCAAUCACUCACGCAUUUAACGACAAUGCAACCACCUUUAACAUCAGUGCAGACAAGUCAAGGUCUUCAGGAUUCAGGACGAGUGUCGGCUGAACAUAUUUACAUUGAUUCAAUGUAUGGAACACAUCCGACGGGUACAUCACAUCAUCAUCAUCAUCAUCAGGAACAUGAACAAGGACCAUCCACACCACCGGGACUUACAAGUUCUACAGUAUAUCGUUCAUUGGGAGCUGUUGGAACAAUUGGAAAUUCUAGUGGUGCUAAUAAUUAUUCUCUUCCUUAUAUGACAAAUAAUUCAACGGAACUCACAGCAUCUGCACAGCAAAUAUGGAAUGCACCAGGACUUAACACUUCACUUCAGGUGAUUGCCGAGGACUAUGGCAGUAAACCAGUGUCGACGGUGAGUCGUCAGAGUUUGCCUGCAUUUUCAACGCAACCCUUCGGAAGUCGGUCGAGUUUUCGAAAUUAUAGUCCUCCAUAUCAUAUACCUACACCCCAUCAAACAACAACUGGCGAUGUUGCACCGUGGAGUUAUGCGACGUCAAGCGAUACCCUUGUUUCACAAUAUGGAACGGUUGGGACGACAUCGCGACGACAAACAUCAAAUACAACAACGUCCGUUCAACAUUCCCUUAGCGCCGCUGCAAGUCUCUCAGCCAUGCACAACAAUGAGGUGGAGUUCUUUACGGAGGGGCGUGAGUGUGUUAAUUGUGGGGCAAUUUCCACCCCUUUAUGGCGAAGAGACGGAACCGGACAUUAUCUCUGCAACGCAUGCGGUCUCUAUCACAAGAUGAAUGGAAUGAAUCGACCAUUGGUCAAACAAACAAGGCGCCUGUCUGCCACGAGACGAACAGGACUACAAUGCAGCAAUUGUCAAACAAUGACAACUUCAUUAUGGCGUCGUAAUCAAAUGGGAGAAUCUGUUUGUAAUGCAUGUGGAUUGUAUUAUAAACUUCAUGGAGUGAAUAGGCCAUUGGCAAUGAAAAAAGAUAAUAUUCAAACACGCAAACGAAAGCCAAAGGGUACAAUGAAAUCAUCAAACACUCCAAUUUCUACAAAUGUUGCCCCUUGCAUCAAUAACAACAAUAAUACAAAUAACAAUAACAACAAUAACUUCAAAUUUGAUCCUGAGAAUUUUGGUGAUUUGAGAAUGGCCCACACAAGUGUGUCACAAGGAACUUAUGCGAAUUCAUUGUACAGUUCAAGUUCUCAAGCAGGAAGUAGACUUUCGACAAAUGCAUAUCAAACACCAAUGUCAGGAUUAUUCUACGAUAUUCCAGUCUCUCAACAUCAACAACAACAGCAACAACCUCAACAACAUCAAUUAAUCGAUAGUCAUUCAUUGAAAGUUGAAUGUCCUUCGCCACCAUGUUCUGCACGUUCACCAGUUUUAGUUUCAGGUGGACAAUCACCUGAGCAUCAACUCUCAUCACCUCAUAUUGUCACAUUGGAAAAUUGUUCAACUGGACCACCAAGAAAACGACAAAAAAUUGACAACAAUCAUUUAGAAAGGUCAACUGUUUUAAUUACUGGUAGUGGACUUUCUGCUUAAGACAAAAAAAAAAGACUAAAUUGAAUCUCAUUUAAUAGUAUGUAUACCAGAAUUUUUUUUUUUUGUUAAGUUUCAUUAUUAUUAUUGAUGUUUAAAUUGUUAAAACAAAUUCCCCCCCUUUUUUUUAAUUCACUAUUUUUUCAUUUUUGAAUAUUUUAUUAGUUUUUAUUUCUAUUACAUAUCUCAAGGACAUAUGUAUAAGCAGUGUUACGAAAGCAAUGUUUAAAAAAAAAAAUCAAAAAAAAAACAUCUAAAAAAAAUUGUUUGAAAUAAUUUUAGAAAAAUUUUUAUUAUCUUAGGUUAUUGGUAUAAAGAAAAGUUUUUUAGUUUCAAACAACAAUUUUUAAUUCAAUUUAAAUUAUUUUAAACAAUUAUUAUAGUUAUAGUUUAGUUGAAUGUUUUUAGAAAAAUUAUUGCUCUCUUUACAUCACUGACUGAUCAGGUGUCUUUAUUAAGUCAAAAAAUUUUUUUUUAAAUAGUUACUUUAUGUAUUAAGUAUAAAAAUACAUAAAAAAAAGGAUUUGCAUUAACUAUAAAAACUCCAACAGAAUUUAUUGUUAAAAAUAAAGUUAUUUUUUUUGUCAAAAAGUUUUCUUGCGAGAAAAAUUGAAGAGUGCAGCAAAUUGAUUGACUUUCUUUUUUUUGUUUUUAUUUUUAUUAAAAGUAAAAUUGUCAAAUAUUCGCGAAUGUGUGUGUAUGUAAAUAAUGUGUGCCUGUACAUACUUAUAUAAUAUUUUUUUUUUUUUUGAAAGAAAUUUUUCAUUUUUUUCUUGUAUAUAAAAAAAAAAUUGUAUUAGCCCUAAUUUCAGAGACUAUAACGAUUUUCUCUUUUACUUGUAUUAUUUUAUAUAUAUGUAAAAGUUAAAUUUCAUUCUCAUUCUUUAUGCGAAUUAAUUUUUGAAAAAUGUUUAGAUAUUUUAUAAAAAAUACUAUAUAUAUUGAGAUUUUUUUCUUUGCACUAUUUUUCUUGAGAAGAAAUACUUUUACGCAUCCCGAGAGAUUGUUCUUUAAAUUUUUUUUUUUUGAUUUUACAUAAAAGUGCUUAUUAUUUUGUUCAACAGUUUCUAAACUCGAAAUUAUUGUCAUCGACAUUGAGGUUUCGUUUUCUUUUUUUCUGUUUGUUUGUUUGUUUUGAAAGACUGAUGGUCGAAUUCAGUGGAAAAGAAGUUCGACAAUUAUUUUGUUUUUUUGCUUGUAAAUAGUUCAAUUAUUAUAUUGAAAAAAAGGAAAAGUGCCUUAUUCCUAUACAUAUUAUAAUAUAGAAAUAGGAAUUUAAAAAAAGUGCCUUUCAUUGUUCAGGCGAUUUUUUCUCUUUUCUUUUCUACCAAAGAGUCUAAGAUUCUUAUAAACUUUUAUUAUACAAGCUUUUUAAAAACGCGAUGCCAAAUUGAAUUCGCCUUUGUCUCUGUAAAUAUAUUAUACAUUUUAAUUUUAAUAAUCUUAGCUGAAAAAAACAACACUAUUAGUGAUUAUAAUUCUAGAUUAAUGAGUAAAAAAAUAUAAGUAUACAAUAAGCCAACGAAUACAUUCUUUUAUUCAUUUUUGAAGCAAAAAUAAAAAAACAAACAAAAAAAAAUAUUCAAAAAUGAAAUAAAUUAUACUUUUAGAAAAUAGUUUUAAUAAAAUAUAUUAUAUUACAGCUGAACCGAAAAUUUCAGACUCCAAAAAAAAGAAUGUAUUUACAUGUAAUAUAUAUUUUGCAAAAUGUUGUAACGAGUCAGCCAUGAAUAUUUGCUAAUAAAGCGGGUUAUUUAAAAAAAUUUACACUUUAUUCUUCCGACAUUAAACUCUACUUUCCCGACUGAUAGUAAAACAUUUUUUUUUAAAUUAAGAAAUAAAAAAUUACCGACAUAGAAAUCUACAUUACCGACUGAUGGUACAACAGUUUUUUGGAAAAACGAAAUUAUGAAAAAUUACCGACAUAGAAAUCUACCUUACCGACAGAUGGUAAAACAGUUUUUUGGAAAAUGAAAAUAUAAAAAUUACCGACGUAGAAAUCUACCUUACCGACUGAUGGUAAAACAGUUUUUUAAAAAAAUAAAAAUAUAAAAAAUUACCGACAUAGAAAUCUACCUUACCGACUGACGGUAAAGCAGUUUUUAAAGCAAGUUUUUAUUUUUUCAUUUUUCAAAAAAAGUGUUUUACCAUCAGUCGGUAAGGUAGAUUUCUGUGUCGGUAAUUUUUUAUAUUUUCAUUUUCCAAAAAACUGUUUUACCAUCAGUCGGUAUGGUAGAUUUCUAUGUCGGUAAUUUUUUAUUUUCAUUUUUCAAAAAAAAACUGUUUUACCAUCAGUCGGUAAGGUAGAUUUCUGUGUCGAUAAUUUUUUAUAUUUUAAUUUUUCAAAAAACUGUUUUACCAUCAGUCGGUAAUGUAGAUUUUUAUGUCGGUAAUUUGUUAUAUUUUCAUUUUCCAUAAAAUCUGUUUUAUCAUCAGUCGGUAAGGUAGAUUUCUAUGACGGUAAUUUUUUAUUUUCAUUUUCCAAUAACUGUUUUACCAUCAGUCGGUAAGGUAGAUUUCUUUGUCUGUAAUUUUUUAUAUUUUUAUUUUCCAAAAAAACUGUUUUACCUGCAGUCGGUAAAGUAGAUUCCUGUGUCAGUAACGUCUUUGAAUACCAUUGAGGUACUAUUGAGAAGGUAUUACGACUUUACGAUAUAUGUUCUAAAAUAUUUUUGAACAAUUUAGGUUAAAUUUUUUAAAUUAAAUAAUUAAACAACAGGGAAUAAAUAAGUAAUUGUCAAGACUAUUUAAUUACAAUAGUUUUAUAAAUAAAAAAUUUUUCAAAUAUAAUUUGACGACAAAGACCCAAUUUUAAUAUUAAUUUAAUAUUAAUAUUUAAUUUAAUAAAAAUAGAAUUUUUAUAAAGGCAA